AACCAAAGUGUCAGGGUGAAACCUCUACCCACACAGCCUGGGCACAAAGUGGCAGGAGGGAGCCAUGAUGGCCCAGUCCCCCUUCUUCCUUUGAACUAUAAAACUGAAGACAGGAUCUCGGUCUGGGUGGAAGGGACACUAUGAUCACAGAAUUCCUGUCCUUGCUUUGCCUCGGGCUUUCCCUGGGCUUUGAAGUUGAGAAAAAGAAUGAGACACUUACCAAACCCUACCUCAGUGCCUUGCCCAGCCCACUGGUUGAACAGGGACAUAACGUGACCUUGAGGUGCCUGGGUCACUGCCACAAUGUGACAUUCAUGCUGGGGAAGCUGCAGGACUCUGGGUACAGACAGGAGCAGAGAUCUGCAGGAUAUGAGGCUGAAUUCCUCCUCACUCACCUGGAGCCAAAGGAUGCUGGGACGUACUUUUGUGCCUACAAGACAAUGGACUCCCAGGAGUGGUCAGAGGAGAGUGAACACCUGCAGCUGGAGGUCACAGAUGACCGCAAUAAACGCAGAGCCCCUCCAGGGGGAAAAGUCACCAGAUCCAUCAUUGCUGCCACCUGCAGCUGUCUCUCCAUUUUGCUCCUCUUCCUCUCCGUCUUCCUCAUCAACAGAUGCACCCAGCAUGAUUUGUCACAUGAAGAAUCCACCAAGAGAACCAGCCAUUCCAAACUGUCCCAGCAGGAGGCUAUGGAUUCAUCCGACCUGGAAAGGACAUCUGUCUCGGCUGAAAGACCCCCAGGGAGUGAGCUAUGCUGAUCGAAACCCCAAGGCACCACCUGCGGCGGCUUCUGUCCCCCGCCGAGGAGCCCCCAGGAUCCUGUGAACGGACAGUGCUGUAGGAUCCCUGGAAGGAGGAGAACGUGAUUUGAGGUGGUGGAGGUGACCGAACACAGGGAAACCAGGUCACUGUGUGUCCUUGGCUCAU